AUGGCUAAUAUCAAAGAGCAAUUAGACUAAAAAAUUUAGGCUCAAUAAUUCGAUGAGGCUAUCUAAUUAGCUGAUUCCAUUCCAGAAAACAAUAUUAUGAGAUUUUUUUAUAAAGCAAGAUGUUAUCUUGCCAAAAAGAAUUGGAAUGAAGUUGUCAAUCAAACACAAUAAGGCUUGUCAUUGAACAUUCCACCAGCAUAAAAGUUCCCUCUUUAUGGAAUGAAAGCUUAAGCUCAUAUGACAUUAUAAUAAUUUAACGAGGCUGCUGAAUGCUUUUCAAAUGCUUAUGAGAUUCAAAAAGAUAAGACUGAUUAGGCUGUUUUGGCAAAUUAUGGUCAUGCCUUAAUGAACAGUCAACCUUAAUAGACAGAAAAAGCAAUUGAGAUUUUAUAAUUAGCUAUCAGCAAAGGAGAAGGUACACCUAAUGGGUUUACUGCUUAAGGAAAUCUUAGUAAAAUCUAUUUUGCUAGGUAGAAUUAUGAAAAGGCUUUGGAAAUAUAUGAGAAACUAGUAAAAAUGCCAUCUUAAGAGAAAGAUAAAAUGUUGAUAUUGUGGAAAAAUAAGGCUGCUUGUGAAACUAAUCUUAAUAAGAAUGAAGAAGCUAAAAAAUCAUUUUUAGAGGCUUAGAAAUUAGAUCCAAAUGAUUAAGAUAUUCAAAGAGGCAUAGCCACAAUUUUAUAGAAUGAAAUGAUUUCAUGUGAAAAAAAACAUGAUUAUGAACACUGUUUAGCAAAUGCAGAAGAACUUUUAAAAAUAGUAACUGCUAACACUGAUCCAUUAAAAUAGGAGGCACUUUAUUGUAAAGCAUUAAGUUUAAAAGGAUUAAAACGUGGAAGAGAUUAAAUUAUAUAGGCUUAUUAGGAAUUAUUAAACAUUAAUCCUAACCAUACACAUGCUAUUUCAAAUUUAGCAAUUGAGUAUUAUGCAUAAGAAAAUUUUGAAAUGGCAAUUGAAUUUUAUUAAAAAGCAUUAUAAGUAUAAUAAGAUCCAGGAUAUUGGAGUAAUAUGGGAUAAGCUUAUUUAUCAUUAAAAUUACCAAAAUUUGAUAAAUCACUUGAUUGUUUUAAUAAUGCUUUAAGAUUAAAUCCUAAAGCUGUUUUAAGUUUAACAAACAGAGCAAUGCUUUAUAUUAGAUUAUCAAAAAGAUAGGAGGCUAUGACAGAUUUGAAAUUAGUUUCAACUCUAAUUGAAAAUCCUGAGAAUGUAGCUGAUUUAAGUGAAUAAUAAUUAUAAUACAUUAAGUCAGGAGUUCAUAAGAUUAUGGAGAUGGAAAAUGCAUUUGAACGAGAAAAGAAAGCUGCUUAAGAGGCUUUGGCUAAAUAAAAUUAAUAAGAUCCUGAGAUUAUAAGAAUUUAAUAGGAAUUAGAAAAGAUUUAGUCAGAAAUUGAUGCUUAAAAUGCAGCUGAGUUAGCAUAAAUGGCUUAGAAAGAAUAAUAAACAACAGUAAAGAAAGUAUCUAAGGAAGAAAUGAAAUAAAGAAUAUAGCAAUUAUUGGCUGAGGCUGAAUAAUCUUAGAAAAAGAAUGAAGAAAAGAUUGAAGAAAUUAAAAUAGAAUAAAAAAAAGAAGAUAUAAAAAUAGAAAGAAUUGAAAAGAAAAUAGAUGAAUUAGAGGAAUGUAUAAAAGUUAUUGGUAUUGAUAAAGUAGCAAAAGUGAAAGAAAACUAUGCAAAAUGGAGAACAGAAUAUGUAGAAGGUUAUAAUUAUGCAAAAGCAUUUUAUUGGACAUUCAUUAAUUAUUGUGAUGCUUAAAAGAUUGCAAGCACAGAGAUUAUUAAUUAAGAAAAUGGUUAUUCUGUUGGAACAACUACUAAAGUAGCAGUUAAAGUUACAUAAGCAGUAUUAGAUUUUGGAGCUAAUGUUCCAAUAUUUGGAGCAAUUUUCUCUGCAAUUAAUGGUGCUAUUGGAGCUGUUUAUAAGGAAUAUGAAAAAUUUUAAGAUGAAAAGAAAAGAAAUGCUAUUUUAAAGGUUAUUAUGAAAAAUUAAGAUGCUGAUGAUAAAGAAGGUUGGAGUAUGUUAGUUGCUACUGCUGCUUAAUUAAUAGCAUCUAGAAAAAGAAAGUAUUUUGAAGCAGGUAGAGUGGAAAAGUAAAAAUCUCGAUUAGACUCUAUGAUUGAUUGGGUUUAAGAUAAAAUUAAAGCUAUUAAAGAUGCAGCAAGUGGAUAGAAAGUAGAUUUAUAUGAAUCUUGGGGAGGAUAGGAAGCAACUGAAGAUAUUACUAUUUUAUUAGCAUUUAUUAUGAAAAAUCAUGAAGAAAUGGUUACAAAUACUUCAUAAACUUUAGAUGUUACUAUUGCUGAUAUUAUUUAUUUGGAAGAUGGAUAAGUUUCAUCUUCAUUUUAAAUAAUGUUAGAUAUGGUGAAAAAGAGAGAAGAAAUCGAGGAUCCAAAAAAAUAAACAGAAAGAACAGAUAGUUCUUGUGCUUGCUAAUUGAUAUGA